AUGCCCGCGCCCGUGCAGAUUGCCCGGCGCGAGAGCCACUUCUCGCCAGACAUGAGCAUGCACUCGCCGCUCCUCCACCCGGCCCUGUCGACCUCGCUCAGCAGGUCGUUCGGCCUCAACUCGCCCUUCUCGCUCGCCGCCAUGUCGACCUCGCUCAAGGACCUGUCGUCGUCGCCGGGCUUCUCGUCCAUGGCCAUGUCGCUCGGCCGCUCGUUCGAGGAGCGCCCCAAGAUCGAGGCCCAGUUCUUCAAGAACUUUACGUGCUGCGGCCUCGACCUGCAGGACCUGCACGGCCUCCUCGAGCACUUUGAAGAGUGCCACGUCUCGUUCGACGACGAGGGCGACGCCGACGAGGACGGCGACAUGGACGGCCUCGAGGUCGAGGGCGCCGAGAGCGAGGGCACCAUCUCGGGUCCGCCGAGCCCGCGCCUGAUCGGCCACGGCCCUCGCGGCUUCGAGCUCAAGAAGUCGGGCCUGUCGUCGUUCGAGACGCCCGACUCGCCCGCGACGGCCGCGCUCCACCUCGACUCGGGCAUGGAGCUCGACAUGGACAUGGGCGAGGACGAGGCCAACUCGCCCGCGUCGUCGGCCGGCUCGUCGAGCGGCGGCCACCUCGCGUCGUCGUCGUCCAACGGCUACGCGGCGCAGCAGCCGCCGGCCAUGUCGGCGUUCGAGAACCCGCUCCCGCUCCAGGGCAGCGCGAGCAAGCGCCGCUCGCCGUCCAUCAACUCGCAGCACCCGCAACCGUCGACCCUCCCGCCCUCGAUCAUCGACUUUGGCGGCGCGCAGCACUCGCACGCGUCGUCGUCGCACGGCGGCACCACCCCGAACCUCGACGAGCCGCCCAAUCCGGUCGACAACGGCCUCGGCUUCCUCCCCAACGGCACGGUCAACCCGGCGCAGGCGCUCGGUGCACCAGUCGGCAGCGGCGGCGGCGGCGGCGGCACUGGUGGGGGCGGAUGGGGGGGGCUCGCGCCGAGCCUCGUGUUCCCGGGCACGCCGCACGGCUCGCCGCCGAACGAGGCGCAGGUCGUCAUCCACGAGUCGCCGCAACCCGAGCUCGACGACGACGACGAGGACGAGGAGGAGCCCGAGUCGGACACGGACUCGGAGCCGGACGAGGACGACAUGCCCAUCCUUUCGCCCGGGUCGGGCUCGCUCGGCCUCCCCGCCACGCUCCGAGCGUCGCCCGUCCACAAGUCGUCGCACUCGCCCUCUCCCGGCCCGUCCUCGUCGCACCACCACAAGAGCGGCUCGUCGUCGUCGCACCACAAGCCCAAGAAGUCGUCGUCGACCUCGGCCGCCGCCGCCGCUGCCGCCCUCGCAGCCCUUCCUCCUCACCCAAUCAUCAACCCGCACGAUCCAGCCACCAUCUCGGCCCUCGCCAACACGACGCUCAAGGACCCGAUCCAGACGGCGGCCGCCAUUGCCGCGCUCGGCCCCAAUUCCCUCGCCGCCCUCCCGACGGCGCUGCAUCCUCUCGGCCAGGGCGUCCAGAUCUCGCCGUCGGGCCGGCCUUACACGCCGCCGAGCGAGAAGCCGUUCAAGUGCAACGUGCCCGGGUGCGACAAGUCGUACAAGCAGCAGAACGGGCUCAAGUACCACCGCCUGCACGGCCACUGCGGCGCCAACGCGGCCAAGGACGGCAUCGACCCGCGCAACGAGGGCAAGCCCUACGUGUGUCACGUCGCGAGCUGCGGCAAGCGGUACAAGAACAUGAACGGCCUGCGGUACCACUACCAGCACUCCGGCGCACACGCCCCGCCGGGCAUCAUGCGCGGCAUCGGGCGCGACUCGUACUGA